CCCCUGCGCGACUACGUGUGCGCCAGCUCCGCGGGCUUCGUCGAGGACACCGCGCUGGCCGACCUGAACUACAUCGAGGAGGCGGCCGGGGGCCCCCAGCUGGCCCUGGCCCUGCUGCCCAAGGCGGACCACAUCGCCCUGCUGGAGAUGAACGGCCGGCUGCACGAGGACCACCUGGAGCGCAUCACCGAGGCCGCCCGCGGCGCCUGCAGGGACGUGCACGCCGUGCUGGACCAA